AGUUUGAGGUAAUCAGUCCCUGCAACCUGGUAUCGAUGUGUUCAGUCCAUCACUCUUGUAGGAAGUGCAGCACAGGGCCAGAGAGGUGGCUUAUAUACUGCGGUGAGAUGAGUUGAAGCAGGAGGAGGCGGGAUCACAGUGGGACCUGCCACUAGUGUAAGUAGGUCGUCGUCCAAAGGUUGGGCAAGCGUUGAAGUCUUUGUACCAAGAUCCCAUGAUGUUGCAGUGUCUGACAGAUGUGAUGAAUGAUUUUGAAAACCGACAAGUUGAAGAAUUGAGACACUUAUGCGUGAUAGGUGAUAGUCUACUAUGCUGAUUAGUAGAUCAGUGUCUGGCUCAUUCACCGAAAAAGGCGACCAAUUAAAACUGGCUAUGUAUAUGAGAUGUAGAGCCUAUGAAUGAAGUUUUUUAAAUAUCGGUCCAUAGUCAGACUUGUGUUUGGUAUACAUAAAUGUUCAAGAAAUGGGACUUUCUUUCAAACUUACUAAGUUAGUGCAUGACACUGCUUAAAGAAAUUUGUAGCUUGAGUGUCCGACUGUCAAAGAAUUAAGAAACUAAGACAGGUUGCAGCACUUAUCAGGAAAAGUGGAAGAUGUAUUCUGUCAUGUGAUCUGUUGCAGGCAUAGGUGACGUACGACAAGUCUUCCGGUACUAGCUGGAGAUUCUGCGUAGUAGGUGACCCUCUAGUGGAGCGCUACAUGGUCAGGGAUGCAGAUGCCCCUAUUCUUCAGCGGGAGGUGGAUGCUGUUCAUCAGUGGAUCGCUUCAGGCAAGUGCUUCCACGUGAUGCGGGACUUCGAAGGCCACGUGGUGAAAAUGUUAGCUGGCAUGUGGGGAGGCUGUAACACCUGGCAAGCUAAUAACGCGACUCCCGUCAGGGAUUCUAUGCUAAACAAUUCCAGAGCCAUGAGCCAUGAUCAGCCAGUACUGUGGAAAUACUUGUGGCCAUGGGCGAUUAUGAACAUGACCACUCAUGACUCUUACAUGUGUCUGAGUUUCCCAGGCACUCUGCCCUUCCCUACACAACGAUAUAAGGACGCCUACGUCGGGAUGAGAACCUACAGGAGACAGUACAAGAAUGAUGGUGUGAGGAGGGAGUGUCCCAUGCAGUGUCGACCAGCACAACACAAGGACUGGAAGUAUUGUUGAGUGAUGCACCUUUAAAACAAGCCUUAUUUAAGUAUGAGUUGGAACUAUACUGCAAUAAAGUUACAUUAUUUUGAAAAAGUACGACAGUCUUAAAAGAAUUUGUUUUUACUGACACCAGAAAAUAUUGCAUUCUGUUCUGUAUUACUUAUUUUGUAAAGAUAUUUAAUAAAAAAGACUCCUGUGUCAAAAUGCAAACACAUACACAAAUAUAUAU